AUGAACUGGAAGGCUCUGUUGACAACUGUCGGCGUCGCCGCUACCGGCGCGCACGCCCUCAUCCGAUUCCCAUGCGCUCAAUUGGUCACGGAGCGUCUUGACCCCCUCGUCACCCCCGGCCAAGUAUCCCCCCACGUCCACCAAGUUAUCGGAGGAAAUGCGUUCAACAUCACCAUGGACCCCUCCAUCGAGUACGCCAGGACGGCGACUUGCACCUCCUGCAAGUUCAAGGAGAACAAGUCCAACUAUUGGACCGCCGUCAUGUACUUCAAACACUCAAAUGGCUCUUUCAUUCGAGUCCCUCAAUUCCCCAACCACUUGACGGGUAAUCCUAAUGGUGGUAUGACGGUCUACUACAUUCAGCCUACCAACCGUCAAAGGAAGGUCACCGCCUUCCCCAAGGGCUUCCGUAUGAUCUCUGGUAACCCAAUGCUCCGAGCGAGGAAGGCCGGACUCGACCCCAACAGUCCCGAGGCUUGGUCCUCCUCGUUCCGAUGCUGGGAGACCUCUGGCUUCACCGACCCCUCGAACAGCUCUCCCCCCGGUGCUGGCCGCUACGACACCGUCGAGCUCCCCAACAAGCGAUGCCCCGCUGGUAUCCGUGCUAACUUGUUCUUCCCCGCUUGCUGGGACGGGAAGAACCUCGACUCACCUGACCACGCGAGCCACGUCGCGUUCUUCCAGGGUCGUGUUGACCCCAAUGCUGGUAUGAUUUUGAUGGAGGGUACUUGCCCAUCGACCCACCCCGUCCGUCUCCCCUUGCUCUUCUUCGAGACCGCUUGGGAUACCCGUCAAUUCAACAACAUGUGGCCCAGCGACGGUAGCCAGCCCUUCGUCCUUUCUCAUGGUGACCCAACUGGCUACGGACAUCACGGUGACUACGUCUUUGGAUGGGAAGAGGGUGCUCUCCAGCGUGCUAUGGACAACUGCUUCGACAUCCUCGGUCUCCCCGAUUCGUGCCGACAGCUCACUCAACAAUCCGAUGCCGAGAUGAACCAGUGUGUCCAACAGACCCGCAUUAACGAGCGUGUUGAGGGUGUCUACCUCCCUGAACUCCCAGGAUGCAACCCCGUCCAGAAAGGUCCCGGUAUGGCCACCAUGGUCCCCAACUGCCGUGCCAUCUCCACCACCAUCGGUGCUCCCCCCGUCGUCACCAACCCCCCUCCCGUCACCAAUCCUCCCGUCGUCAACCCUCCUCCUCCCGUCACCAACCCCGGUGCUCCUCUCCAGACCCGCUUCGGCCAGUGCGGAGGUCAAGGAUGGACUGGUCCCACUCAGUGCCAGCCCCCCUACGCUUGCCAGGUUUCGAACCAGUGGUACUCGCAGUGCAUCUAA